AUGACGAUCCAUACUUCUCACCCUGAAUCCGACCCCAAAUGGUGGAAGGAGGCUACGAUCUACCAAAUUUACCCUGCAAGUUUUAAAGACUCAGACAAUGAUGGAUGGGGAGACAUGAAGGGAAUUUUCUCAAAACUAGAAUACAUCAAGGAACUUGGGGUGGAUGCCAUUUGGAUCUCGCCAUUUUACGAUUCCCCUCAAGAUGAUAUGGGCUAUGAUAUUGCAAACUACGAAAAAGUAUGGCCGACGUACGGAACCAAUGAAGAUUGCUUCAAUGUCAUCAAAAAGACCCACGAGCUGGGAAUGAAGUUCAUUACCGAUCUCGUCAUAAAUCAUUGUUCCAGUGAACAUGAAUGGUUCAAGGAAAGUAGAUCAUCAAAGACUAAUCCAAAACGCGAUUGGUUCUUCUGGAAGCCUCCUAAGGGCUAUGAUGAUAAUGGAAAACCAAUUCCUCCAAACAACUGGAAAUCUUAUUUUGGAGGAUCUGCAUGGACAUUCGACGAGGUAACUGAAGAAUUUUAUUUACGACUAUUUGCAUCAACUCAACCAGAUUUAAACUGGGAAAGUGAGGAAUGCAGAAAAGCUAUCUACGAGAGCUCAGUUGGUUUUUGGCUUGAUCACGGCGUCGAUGGCUUUAGAAUAGAUGUUGGAAGCUUGUAUUCGAAGGUCGUUGGUCUACCCGAUGCUCCUGUAACCGACAAAAACUCUCCUUGGCAGUCAAGCGACCCAAUGACAUUGAAUGGCCCCCGCAUCCAUGAAUUUCACCAAGAGUUGAAUGAUUUCAUGAGAAAGAGGGUGAAGGAUGGAAGGGAACUAUUGACUGUUGGAGAAAUGCAACAUGCGACGGACGAGGUCAAAAAAUUAUACACCAGCUCUUCGAGACAUGAGCUCAACGAACUCUUUAACUUCUCCCACACAGAUGUGGGCACUUCUCCUUUAUUUCGAUACGAUCUAGUGCCUUUCAAGCUCAAGGACUGGAAAAUUGCUUUAGCUGAAUUAUUCAGGUUCGUUAAUGGGACAGACUGUUGGUCAACAAUCUACCUCGAGAACCAUGAUCAGCCUCGGUCUAUUACCAGGUUUGCAGAUGACUCACCUAAGAAUCGUGUUAUUUCCGGAAAACUUUUGAGUGUCCUGCUGACGUCAUUGAGCGGGACCUUGUACGUUUACCAAGGUCAAGAGCUAGGCCAGAUCAACUUCAAGAAUUGGCCCAUUCAAAAAUAUGAAGAUGUUGAGGUAAGAAAUAACUACCAAGUUAUCAAAGAUGAGCAUGGUGAAAAAUCUAUACAGAUGAAAAAUUUUAUGGAAGGAAUUGCUCUAAUCUCGAGGGAUCAUGCAAGGACCCCUAUGCAGUGGAGCAAGGAUGAACCAAAUGCAGGGUUCUCUGCCAGUGAAGCUAAACCAUGGUUUUUUGUAAACGAAUCUUUUCGGGAAGGUAUAAACGUAGAAGACGAACUAAAGGAUGAAGAGUCCGUCCUCAAUUUCUGGAAAAAGGCCCUAAAAUUCAGAAAGGCUCACAGAGACAUCGCUGUCUAUGGUUACGACUUUGAGUUUAUUGACUUGGAAAAUAAUCAAGUUUUCAGUUUCAAGAAAAGUCACGGAAGAAAAAAACUGGUUGCUGCUUUGAAUUUUAGCUCAGAAUCUGCUGAUUUUGAAAUCCCAAAUGAUGAUGGAUCUUAUGAGCUAGCAUUUGGUAACCUUUCGGAAACCGUUGUUGAUCCUCAAUCAAGGUCCUUGAAGCCAUGGGAAGGGAGAGUUUACAUUUCUCAAUGA